AUUAUAAAGAGAAAUUGUUAAUAUUAUUUAAGAUAAUUAUUUAAAUACAAAGAGAACAACCCGCCUAUAAAAGAAAAUAAGACAUAAAAUGAAUCAUGAAUUAAUGUGUAAAUUAAAUAUGCACGAUAGUCAAGUGAUCGAAUUAAUGGGUACUCAUGAUUUCACUCAACUUCAACAACAACAACAGACCCAACAGCAACAACAACAAAUGCUCAAUUACGCCAUGACAGAAACACAAAAUCUACCAACCGCCCAACAGCAUGCAACAGAAAAUAAUAAUCAGGAUAACAAUAGAACAUCAAGACCAAUAAGAAGAACUAGUCGUAGGACACCUCAGUUAAGCAAUAAUUAUGAUAUGGAAAUGACAGAUUCUAGUUCGCAAAGCGAUGACACUAGUGGUGGAGGAGGUAGUAGUAACGGUGGCAGUGGGGCCCGUCCAUCAAGUCGUGGUCGCAACUCAUCGGGGACCAGUCAAAGUCGUCGACGAAAAGGUGCUCUCAAUGCCAAAGAGCGCAAUUUAAGACGUUUGGAAUCCAAUGAAAGGGAACGCAUGCGAAUGCAUAGUUUAAAUGAUGCAUUUCAGUCUCUGCGCGAAGUGAUACCUCAUGUGGAAAUGGAACGUAGACUAUCAAAAAUCGAAACACUAACUCUGGCCAAAAACUAUAUUAUUAAUUUGACUCACAUAAUACUAGCGAAACGCAAUGAAGAAUCCGCCCUUGAAUUUAAUGGCGUUCUAAUGAAUGGCAGCAAUGAUUCCACAGCUCCUAAUAAUAUAGUGGGCGAAGGUGAAACUAAUACAGUGUUGGGACUUAGUGCCGGUGUAGGCGGCGGAGGCGUUGUGGCAAAUGGUAACGUUUUAGUUGGUUUACCAGCAUGCUAUGAUGAUGCUCUAACAGCAAAUGGUGGCAAUUCAUAUAAUUGUACCCUUUUGGCCGAACAUCAGCAAAAUCCCCAAACACAAUCGCUGACAACAGCAACCACUACCAUACAAAUACAACAAAAUCAGCCAAUUAAUCAUAUGCAUCAUCAGUCGUCACAUCAUGUCAUGAUAUCGAAUCAUAGUCAAAUACUAAUUCCACAGCAACAAUCGAAUCCACAACAGCAGCAGCAGCAACCACUGCAACAGACAGCAAUUAUAAUGAAUGGCUACGGCGACUCAACUGGUGAUAAUAACAAUUUCGAUGAACCAUUUCGGGAAUUUUUAUAAAUAUGCCAACUAACCAAGGGAUUUUGAGGAUUUUUUUUUUCUGUUUUGUUUGGUUUUCGUAGUUAAACGAAGAAAGAGUAACAAAAGCAAACGAAUGAAGAAAGUAUAUCAACGAAUAUUGUUUUCAAAAUUUUAAGUUGAUUUUGUUUUUAAUAAGAAAAAAAAGAGAUAAAAAUUAAUUAAUAGGAACCAGGGUGGAUAAAAAACAAAAACAAACAAACUAGUUAAUAAUUCUAUAUAAUUAUUUAAUUAAUAAUAAUUAUUAUUAUUUAUCCAUGUAAUAUUUACUUUAAUUAUUAGUAACUUCUAAACACAAACCAAAACAUCUAGUAAAAGUAGUGAAAUUAUGUGUAAAAUUUAUGCAAUUCUAUUUUAAGUUUGUUUUAUUAAAUUUAAUGUUUUUUGGCGUUAACAAAAUUAUUAAGAAAAAAAAACCAAAAUUGAAACCAAAACAAAUUUGCAAUUAAAAAAAGAAAAUGUUAAAUACU